AUGUUAUCACUAUUAUUCUCCCGAGUUUUCUUGACUAUAAUCAUCAUAUUAAUAUCAGAAUGCACUGGUUCUACCUCUGGUGCUAAAACGAAACGACAAGUAUCGUUACAUGAUAUUGUUCAGGGAGCAUUAAAUUUUGUACAACCAAUAUUCGAUACAACACAACCGUUGCAAUCACAUUUUCAAACAGCCAAAAAAAUUAUUCGAUCAGAACUUGUGAGGCCUCGAGAUGCCGAGAUUCUAGGCUUACCAAAAUAUUCAGCUUUAGCUGAUAUACCGAUAUGUAAAAGUAACUCAAAAAUAUGUAAAUUCAUAUCGUGUACUGCCCACAAUUUCCGAGUGGAUGAGAAAAUCUCGAAUUUGAAUUUAGCCGCUCAAAUUUUGGGUGACUCAAAAUUGAGAAAAGCAAUCUUGAACGAUCCAAACAUCUUGUUAACAGUAUGUCGAGAGCAAGGACUGUCGCCCGAGCAAUGCAAGCUUUUCUCCAGCGGAUUUAAUCUGAUCAACAAAUUUAUUACUACAAUUGAUGCAGAAGUAACAGCAGGAAAGAAGUCAACCAGUUAUGGGGUCAAAGAUGAUCCAUAUUAUGAUGAAGGUGAUGCACUGCCAGUACCAAUACAACCUGGAGUAUUUCAAAAUGUGGGAUCUCGAACUUGGUCGACUCAUCAAAGUUAUGCUGAUGAUCCAAAUCAGAUAUUACCUCCAAUGUCCCAGGAGACAAGAAAACCACUGCAAGACUUUGACUCUGCACCUUCAACUCUUCGAAAUCUCUCAAGAUCAACGCUUGCUAGACCACUGCAAGUUACACCACCAACUCCAUCUGGUCUAUUUUCCUUCCCGCCUCUUAUUUUUGCAUUCCCAACUCUUGCAACAUUUGCACCCUUGGCUCCUGCCACUAUAUCCUUACCUUUCACCUCAAAUUUAAUAUCUAAAAAAAUAUUAAAUUUUUUGCCACCUGAUUGGGACACUAAAUUGUUUUCAUCAAAUAUAAUACCAUUACCUUUACCACUACCAAUCAUCAAAUAUCCAAUAGAAUUUGACCGAAUGACUUCAGCAGAAUCAUCUCGAAGUAAAAGAGCUAGUGAUUAUUAUGAUGAUGUUGAAGAGGAAGAUGGUGCGGAGAAACAUAAAAGUACUUCCACGACUAACCAAAAAAGUGGAACUAAUCAAAAUGCUAAAAAGACGAAAACAGUUGAAAAGAAUUUGAUGGAUUGUAUAAAAUAUCUUAAAGAAUAA